AUGGAUCUCUCCGGCAUAGACGACCAGACAGCAGCACUCAUCAUCCAGUUCCAACUGGAGGAUAGCCGGUUACUGGCCGAAGAACAUGGAGGCAAGGGCAAGGCUCGCGAAGGUUCGAUCUCCGAUUCCCAAUUGGCCUUCCAACUGUUCGCCAAGGACCUGAAGUGCAAGGCUACCCUCGUGGCAGAUACGCAUAUGGCAAAGAGCAUUGCACGAGCUUGCCAGACGGACGGAGGCGCGUUGGCAACUGCACAGUCGCAGGAACAUUCUGCGAUCGUUGAUCGACAAAUGGCUUGUCACCUUGGUGGUGUAACAGUCCGAACCCCAGUAGAUGCUGGCACCUUCAAUGCGGAAUCCCUUGACGACGAGCUAAUAGAUAAACUCGAGGCUCACUAUGGCGCACGCCCAACUGAAAACCUGGAUCACGAAGGUGACAGUAUCAUGGCAUAUGCUGAUAGCCAACCGGGUGACACGCCAGAAAGCUCGGCUUGGGCAGCCGGUCGGCCCCCAAUUGUCACCUAUCGGCAAUGCAUAGUUUGUGGGGAGGAUGUCCAGUUCUUCGACGUCGUCCGAGUGCCCUGUGGCCACGAGUAUUGUUGCGGCUGUCUGCACCAGCUCUUCAAGGCAUCACUGACGGAUGACUCACUAUUUCCACCUCGCUGCUGUAGACAGCCAGUCGCAUCUAGCAUCUUGCGAGUCUUCCUUCCUGCAGAUUUACUCUACCAGUACGAAGAAAAGAAGAUCGAACAUGAGACUCCGAACCGCACGUACUGCUCCAAUGCUUCGUGCUCAGCCUUCAUCAAAGCAGAGAACAUUGCGGACGAGCGGGCGAGCUGCCGCGUUUGCUCUUGCAUAACGUGUACAAUCUGCAAGGCGAAAGCUCACAGAGGAGAUUGUCCUGCCGACACAACACUGCAAGAAAUGCUAUUGGUAGCAGAUGCGAAUGGAUGGAAGCGUUGUUUUGGAUGCCGGCGAUUGGUGGAGCUGGCUCACGGAUGCAAUCACAUAACGUAG